GGACUGGGAGGGAAUGGGGAUCAUCAUGGGAGGAAGGGGGUCAGCUCCCCUCAUUGCCCCUGACUUAUGACACAAAGCUCUGCCACGGCUCUUCUGGGUGGGCUCUGUUCCUGCUGGGCUCGGGUUCUGUGCAGGGCAAUGUGUUGGGAUGUGUAGUGGUGGCAGAAGAUAACGAUGGCACAGGAGGGGCUGCUGCCCUGCUCUGCUCUCCCUGGACUGGGUUGCUCCCCUAUUACAGGAUGGGGUCUGCUGGGGAAUUGCUAUCCCCUUGGUCAGGACAUCCCCAUGGAUUUCUGAGUCCCAGCUGUGCUGGGGGAUCCCAGGUCUGUCCCAGUCCAUCUGCAGCAGGAGCUCUGGAGUGUGCUGUGGAUGAGGGGGCAGGCAGAGGGCCCCAAGCCCACACCCUACUGGCCUCUUCUUGCUGUCCCAGUCAGACCAGGCCACAGCGGGGCCAGUUGGGCUCUGCAGCGUGGGAGACCUGGCACCGCUGUUCUUGUUCCAUGCAGAUCUCUCCCUGAGAGUCCCCCCAGGACUUGAGGAGGGUCUGUGUGGACAGAGAGGGUGAACACGUGUGCUUCCCCGGAGCACUGCUGCUCUGGCCCGGUGUCCCCAUGUCUCUGUGUUCCUGUGUCCCCAUGACAUCAGGCCUGCCCAGGGAUUGCUGCAUAGAGGCCAGAGCCCCCCCGUUUCCAGGCUCCAUUGUUCACCCUCACCCCCCCCGAGGACCACCGGUGCCCCCCAGCGCGCCCGCUGCCCGUAGGAUGGCCCGCCCGGCCGCUGCUCCCGCAGGCCCCGGGCUGCACCCACCAUCCCCCGGACCCCCAGCUGGUGGAGAGGAGGUCGUGCGUGGCAUUGCCGUUGAGAAGUUUGACAUUGUCAAGAAGUGGGGGAUCAACACCUACAAGUGCACCAAGCAGCUCCUCUCAGAGCGGUUCGGACGGGGGUCCCGCACGGUGGACCUGGAGCUGGAGACUCAGAUUGAGCUGCUGCGUGAGACCAAGCGCAAGUACGAGAGCGUCCUGCAUCUGGCACGGGCACUCACAGCCCAUCUCUACAGCCUCGUACAGACCCAGCACGCCUUGGGGGAUGCCUUUGCUGACCUCAGCCAGAAAUCCCCUGAGCUCCAGGAAGAGUUUGGGUACAAUGCGGAGACGCAGAAGCUACUGUGCAAAAACGGGGAGACGCUGCUGGGUGCUGUCAACUUCUUUGUGUCCAGCAUCAACACACUGGUCAACAAGACCAUGGAGGACACGCUUAUGACAGUCAAGCAGUAUGAGACAGCCAGGCUGGAGUAUGACGCGUACCGCACGGACCUGGAAGAGCUGAGCAUGGGCCCACGCGAUGCCGGCGCCGUGAGCCGCCUGGACACAGCCCAGAGCCAGUUCCAGAGCCACAAGGACAAGUACGAGAAGCUGCGGGCAGAUGUGGCCAUCAAGCUCAAAUUCUUGGAGGAGAACAAGAUCAAGGUGAUGCACAAGCAACUGCUGCUGUUCCACAAUGCCAUCUCUGCGUACUUUGCUGGGAACCAGCAGCAGCUUGAGCAGACCCUCAAGCAGUUCAACAUCAAGCUCAAGACCCCUGGCGCCGAGAAGCCCUCCUGGCUGGAGGAGCAGUGAGCCCCCCGUGCCCCCUGGAUGGAGGAGCACAAAUGGACCUCAGUUGUGGCCAGGGGCUUGUGGGGGCCACAACCCGGGCCUGGUCUUGGAUGGGGGGGGGCCGCCAGGUGUGGGGAGUUGCCUGGGGCCCCCCAUCCCACAGCCCCUCCUCAGGGCAGGGUGCAGCAGCUCCUCAGCACAGACCCCACACAGCAGACAGCUGGAGCCCCCCUGCUCCUGACACUCCUAAGGGGCUGGGGACACCCCACUCACAUUGGGGUGAGCCAGGACCUUCCACUGUCCCCCUCUGCCUCCCUGGGGCAGGAUGAGGGUGCACCCCUCCCAGGCCCACUGCCAACUCCCACCCAGAGAGACCCCUGCCCUGUGGCACAGUGGAGCUGGGUGGGGGCAGCACUGGAAAAGCCAGGUUCCCCCUGUGUCAGGGCAGGGCUGUGGGGCCUCCCCGCUGCACCCAGGUAGGCUCCUGCUCUGCCCUCCAGUGCCAGGGACACCCUGGCUCCCUCCAGGCCAUUCACAGGUGUUUCCAGUGUGGCUGCUCUUGCACUCCUGAUUCACAGGGCGCUGCACCCCCCAAAGUCCCCCCUGCCUCCCUGGGGCAUCCUGGGUGGGCUGGUGAUAGGUCCCUGUGCCCUGCAGCUAGUGGCAGGGGGGAGUUGCUGGCCCGGGAAGAGGGCAGGGGGCUCCAAGCAGGGACCAAACGUCAGUGGAGGCACGGGGGGGAGCACGCGUGCCCGUGCAUGUCCGUGUGCGGGGCAUGUGUGUCCUGGGGCUGGGGUCCUGCCAGGGUUCACCCCCACCCCACAAGGGGCCCUCUGCCCACCCCCGCACUUGGGCACUUUCUCCUGAGACAAAACUGUUGGUUUUUCUUGCUCAUUAAUUUAAUCCAUAAUUUAAUGUCGGGAUCCGACUUCCCCCUGCCCCGCCCUGGUGACGGUCUGACCCCCCCAACUCCCUGACUUCUGUAAAACCCCGAAUAAAUGGUACAGAUCAGUG